AUGAUAAGGUACCUGGCCCUGGUGUUCCUAAUACGAUUUGGCUUUGGCACACCGUACCGAGAUUCAGAAGGCCUUGUUGUUGAUGGUACGAGGCAUGGUGUAUAUAAUUUGAAGGUGGAGUUGGAUGGUAAAGAGGAUGGUCUAUAUUAUGGCAAGAAUGAAGAGAAAUAUCGUGGUAAAGAGGUCAAUAGUCAUGGUGAAUAUAAUGGUCAAAGUGAUGGUAAGAGUCAUGGUGAAUAUGGUGGUCAAAGUAAUGGUAAUAAGGGGUAUAAUGGACGAAGUGAUGGUAAAGAUCAUGGUGGACAUAAUAGAAGAAAGGAUAGAGAAGGAGAUAACAAAAAGAUGGUUUAUCAACAGUUUUAUCAGUUUGACCAAAGUCCGUUCAAAGAUAUGAAGGAAUACGAGAUGUGCGAUGGAUCAUACAAGGAAGAGUAAGAUAUUUUAAGUAAUUUUUUUACUACAACGAAUCAGCUUAACAGUAUAGUAGGUAUGUAAUGUAAGACAUUAUGGCUAACAGGGACGUCGUUUGGGGGAGGGGGGGGUGGUUCGGGGGUGACUAUCAGGUAAAGCCCUGGAUAUAAUAGUGGAAGAGGGCAUAGUAAGUCAGUAUAGGGCAGGUAAGAAAAGACAGAGUAAAUUACAGUAGGAUAGGGCAUGGCAGUUCAGUUAAAGGUAGGCAUGUUAAAGGUUAGGUUGGGCAGGGUGGCUUAGGGUAAGACAGGGUCAAGACAGGGUGACGGGUAUAGUAAGGUAAAGUAGGAACAGAUAGUUGAGUAGGGUAACUUAGGUAGAGAGUAUGUAACGUAAAGGUUUGGGUAGAGGAAGGUAAGGUCGAGUAAGAUAGGAUAAAAUAAGGGGUAGGGUAUGUUAAGGUAGGGUAAGGUAAAGUAGAGUAAGGUAAGAUAGGGUAGCGAAGGGUAGGGUAGGGUACGGUAGGGUAAGAUAGGUAGGGCGUUAUAUGUAAACCUUUUGAAAAUAAAGAUGUUUUCAGAUAUCGACAAGUAUAUUGUAAAGGUCCACUUCUGGAAGCUGUUAAUCACUUGAGAAUUUACAAUGAUUCUAAAGAUUAUGUGGAUAGUGUUUUGAAGCAAGCUCCUGGUAAGUUUAAGCCUACUAAACUUAAGCCUCCUAAGCCUAAUAAGCCUAAGUCUACUAAACCUAAGCCUAUUAAACCGGAGCCUAUUAAGCCUACGACUACUAAGCCUAAGCCUACUUAGCCUAAGCCUACUAAGCAUAAGCCUACUAAGCCUAAGUCUACUAAGCCUAAGUCUACUAAGCCUAAGUCUACUAAGCCUACGCCUACUAAGCCUAAGCCUACUAAGCCUAAGCCUACUAAGCCUACAUAUUAAGUCUUUUUUAGCCAUAAUUAUCGCUGAGUUUCAAAAACGAUUUGGAGAUGAACCAGAUGUCUCCCAAAUCGACCGAUCAGACCUUCAAAAGUUCAUCGACGAGUUCUUCUCACCUCCAGAAAGCGAGCUAGACAACUGUGAGCCAGAGGACUGGACUGAACGGCCGACCAACAUUCUCAAGAUCCAGGACGCCAACCUAAGGGAUUGGGCUUUGAACCUAAACGGUCUCUGGAAGACGUUGUGUAGAAGGGUCAAGACUACAGUAUUCGCUGAUAAGGAACGACACUCGUUGAUACCUGUAAAUCAACCUUUUAUUGUGCCUGGAGGUCGAUUCAGAGAGUUUUACUAUUGGGACACGUACUGGAUCAUCAAAGGACUGCUGGUGUCUGGAAUGCAAACUAGUUCAAGAUACAUGUUGAAGAAUAUGCUGCAAAUGGUCGAGCAGUAAGUUAUUGUAUAAAAUUUAUAAUUACUUAUAGCGAUAGUCUUAACCCUGGCAUUGGCUCUAGCCCCAGCCCAGAGCCCUAGCCGUUAGCCCUAGCUUUAGCCAUAGUUCCUAGCCGUUAGCCCUAGCUCUAGCCAUAGUUCUACCUGAAUACGAAGUUUUUUUUUCGCCCAAAAUGAUAUCCUACCCAAAAUCUCACCCUCCUUAAAUUUUUUCUGUUUACAUUUUUACCUUUUCCAAAAUUCUACCAUGCCCAACUUUUUACCUUACUUAAACUUUCACCCUUUCCAAAAUUUUAUCCUGCCCAAAAUUUUACCCUGCCCAAAAUUUUACCUUGCCCAAAAUUUUACCCUGCCCAAAAUUUUACCCUGCCCAAAAUUUUACCCUGCCUAAAUUUUUUUGCUUUCCAAAAUUUGAGCUUGCCCAAACUUUUUUCUUAAGCAAAAUUUUACCCAGCCCAAAAUUUUUCCCUGUCUAAAGUUUUACCUUGCCCAAAAUUUUACCCUGCUCAAAAUUUUACCCUGUCCAAAAUUUUACACUGCUCAAAUUUUUACCCUGCCCAAAAUUUUACACUGCUCAAAAUUUUACCCUGCCCAAAAUUUUACACUGCUCAAAUUUUUACCCUGCCCAAAAUUUUACACUGCUCAAAUUUUUACCCUGCCCAAAAUUUUGCACUGCUCAAAAUUUUACCCUGCUCAAUAUUUUACACUGCUCAAAAAUUUUACCCUGCCCAAAAUUUUACACUGCCCAAAAUUUUAUCCUGCUCAAAAUUUUACCCUGCCUAAAAUGUUACUCUACCCAAAACUUCACUCUGCCCAAAAUUUUUUUCUUUUAAAAUUUUACCUUGCCCAAAGUUUUACCCUGUCCAAAAUUUUACACUGCUCAAAGUUUUACCCUGCCCAAAAUUUUACACUGCUCAAAAUUUUACCCUGCCCAAAAUUUUGCACUGCUCAAAAUUUUACCCUGCUCAAUAUUUUACACUGCUCAAAAUUUUACCCUGCCCAAAAUUUUACACUGCCCAAAAUUUUAUCCUGCUCAAAAUUUUACCCUGCCUAAAAUGUUACUCUACCCAAAACUUCACUCUGCCCAAAAUUUUUUUUCCUUUAAAAUUUUACCUUGCCCAAAGUUUUACCCCUGCCAAAAAUUUUUCCGUGUCCAAAAUUUUUCCCUUUUAAAAAUUUUACCUUGCCUAAAAUUUUAUCCUGCUCAAAAUUUUACCCUGCCUAAAAUUUUACUUGGCUUAAAAUUUUUCUUUUCUCUAGAUUUAAAAGUGGCCUAAAAAAUAACUUUCAGAUUUGGAUUCGUCCCAAAUGGCGGCCGAGCAUAUUACACUAGACGUUCCCAUCCUCCCACCUUGAUUCCAGCUGUUUAUGAGUAUUAUCAAGCUAGUGGCGACAGGUCGUUUGUGAAUAGUAGUCUUUCACUAUUGGAAAAGGAGUUCAAUUUUUGGGCUGAACAACGGUCGAAAGCUUUUCAAAUUGACGGUGACACUGUUCGAGCUUACUUUUAUGAAAGUCCAACCAAUGUGCCACGCCCGGAAUCAUUUUUGGCUGACUACGAAGUUGCUAUCAAUAUGAAGGUAGGGGUUUUAAAAAAAGUCUGUACCCUACCCUACCCUAUCCUACCCUAUCCUACCCUAUCCUAUCCUAUCCUACUUUACUCUAUCCUAACCUACCCUAACCCAUCAUACCCUACCCGAAAAAUUUUUUUUGUGGGCGGGGUAAAAAUUUGGGGAGGGGGGGGGAGGGUAAAAAAAACUCAAAACAAUUAGGCUUUUAAGUACUGGUAAAUCAGGAAAAAAUUAUAAAAUAAAAAAUUUUUCAGUGGGCGCGGUAAAAAAAAUUGGGUGUGGUAAAAAAUUUUUUUUGUAGGGAAGGUUGGGAGAGGGCGAAAUAAAGUAAAAACUAUUUUUAGGUUUUAAUAAAUCAUUAAAAAACAUAAAAUUUAAAAAAAAUUUUGGGGGGUAGAUAAAUAAAUUUUUUACCCCGCCCGAAAAAAAUUUUUUUCUUUUUAUUUCUUUGCUUCGUCAACAUAAAAAAUGACACGCCCAGUACUAUUAGUACUUUAAAAUUUUAAAACUAUGCUCUUUUCCAAGCCAUCUACAUCACUUUUCAGGAAGAAGACCGACCAUUCUUCUUCAAAGCCGCAGCCAGUGCUGCCGAGUCAGGCUGGGACUUUUCGUCUCGCUGGUUCCGCGACGAUCAGACUCUUCAAUCGAUGGAGACUCAGAACAUUGCUCCAGUUGACCUAAACGCUUUCUUGUGUUAUAAUAUGGACAUCCUGGGGUACCUGUUCGAGGUGACUGGUUACUCAGGAAAGGCUGAUGAAUAUCAAAGAAAGUUUGACAGAUUCAGGAAGACAUUCGAAAAGAUAUUCUACAAUGAAACUGAAGGAGCGUGGUAUGAUUACAACAUACGAACUGAAGCUCACAAUCUGAGGGUGUACCCAUCGAUUGCUGUGCCAUUGUUUACCGGAUGUUAUAAUCGACUGGAUGAGAGCAAAAAGUGUCAAGCUUUUUUGAUAAACUUGGGGUAGGUUGGAUAGGAAAAGGUGUAUGUAUGCCUAAAAUGUCAUAUUUAAGCGUAGUUUGCUUUAAAAUGGCAUUUUUAGCUAUAUUUUAGUGACAAUGGAAAGUCUUGUCGGUUUUCAACAUUUAAAGCUUAGUAAAAUAACGACAAGACUUUUUUGAUUGUGAAAAAAAGUUGAACUUAAGCUUUAGUAGGCUUCCCUAGUAGGCUUGGUUUAAGACUAAGCUUACUUAAUAAGCCUAAGCUUGCUAAGUUUAAAGUUACUAAGCUUAAGCUUAAGCCUCUAGUCCUAAUAAACCUAAAUUUACUAUCCCUAAGCUUUCUAAGCCUAAGCCGUAAGCCUAAGUCUACUGAGCAUAAGCCUACUAAGCUUAAGCUUACUAAGCGUUAGCCUACUAAGCCUAAGCCUACUAAGCCUAUGCCUACUAAGCCUAAGUCUACUAACCUUGAGUCUACUAAGCCUACUAAGCCUAAGCCUACUAAGCCUAAGUCUACUAACCCUAAGUCUACUAACCCUGAGUCUACUAAGCCUACUAAGCCUAAGCCUACUAAGCUUAAGUCUACUAACCCUGAGCCUACUAAGCCUACUAAGCCUAUGCCUACUAUGCCUAAGUCUACUAACCCUAAGCCUACUAAGCCUAAGCCUACUAAGCCUAAGUCUAUUAACUCUAAGCCUACUAAGCCUAAGCUUACUCAACCUAAGCAUACUAAGCCUAAGCCUACUAAGCCUAAAACUACCAAGCUUAAACAUAUCAAAAAUAUACCUACUAAAUCUAAGCCUACUUAUUUUAAGUCCAAACAUAAAAACAAGCCGAAGGCUAAGCACAAGCCCUAGUCUAAUCUUAUGUUUACUAAGCCUACGCUGUUUAAUAAGCCUAUUUUCAGGAAAGCAAAUUCUUAA